UGAUGAUGAAGGGCAUGAUGGGAAAUGAGGCGGCCCCGAGGGAGGACUGCAAAGCUGGAGUCUCGUGUUUGGGCUGACAUUGCCACAGUGGAGGAGAUGUCCUAGCAAAAAGCAGAAGUUUUUAGUAUGGAGUCAGUGUUGAAACUUCAGAAAGUACACUUGAAAUGCAAGAAUCUUCAUGAAUUCCUGCGGGGCCUCAGCCCAGGGGUCCUAGAUCGUCUCUACAAUCAUCCUGCUACUUGUCUAGCAGUCUUCCGAGAGCUGCCAGGCUUGGCCAAGAACUAUGUUAUGCGAAUGCUGUUUCUUGAACAACCUCUCCCUCAAGCAGCUGUGGCAUCAUGGGUAAAGAAGAAAUACACUAAGGAACAGGAGGAGAGCUCAGAUAUCUUGCUGGGGCUGCGGUUGUGGCACAAGCAGUUGCUUCCAGGGGGUCUCCAAGGAAUUGUCUUGAACCCUAUCUUCAAGGAGAACUUGCGUAUUGCCCUGCUGGGAGGAUUCUCCUCCAGUCAACCCAAAUGCCCGUCCACCUCACAGUACAACAACAACCCUGAGAUGAUUGUAAGCCUGAGGGCCUUGUAA